ACUAGUGAUGUCCUAAGUAAAAACACUACUGAGAAGCCACCUAAAAAUACCAGUGAGGAGCCAAUUACAAAUAAUAGUGAUGUCCUAAGUAAAAACACUACUGAGAAGCCACCUAAAAAUACCAGUGUAGACCCAUUUACAAAUGACAGUGAGGAGCAAAUUACAAAUACCAGUUACGACCUAACUACAGGUAUCAGUGAGGAUCCAUCUACAAACAUUAGUGAGGACCUGACUACAUAUACCAGUGAGGAGCCAACUACAGAUCACAUUGAAGAGCCAUCUAAAACUACCAGUAAGAGUCCAACAAAAAAUACUAUUGAUAAGUCAAAUACAAAUACCAGUCAGGAGCCAACUUCAAAUACUAGCCAGGAGCCAAACACAAAUACAAGUGAGGAGCCAACUUCAUAUACCAGUCGGGGGCCAACCACACAAGAAAAUGCGGAACCAAUUACACAUACCAGUGACGGGCCAACUACAAAUACCAGUCAUGAGCCAACUACAAAUACCAGUCAGGAACCAAUUAGAAAUACCAGUGAGGAGCCAACUACAAAAACCAGUCAGGAGCAAAUUAAAAAUACCAGUAAGGAGGCAAUUACAAAUUUCAGUGAGAACUCAACUACAAACACUGAGGAGCCAACUGGAAACUCCAGUAAAGACCCAUUUAUUUAUGAGGAGCCAACAACACAUAUAAUCAAGCAGAGAACUACAUAUACCAGUGAGGAGCUAACUGCAAAUACCAAAGAGAAGGUAACUACAAAUACCAGAGAGGAGUUAACAAGAAAUACCAGUGGGGACUCAACUAAAAACACCAGUGGGGAGCAUACUACAAAUACCACAGAUAAGUUAACAACAAAUGCCAGAGAGAAGUCAACCACAAAUAUCAGUGAGCACCCAGCAACAAAUAUUAGUGAGACGUUAACAAGAAAUAACUAUAAGAAUCAAACUGAAAAUACCAGUAAAGAACCAACAACAAAUACCAAUCUAGAGCCAACUACCACCAGUGAGGGGGCAAUUACAAAUACUAUUCAAGAGCCAACUAAAAAUACCAGUGAUCACCUAACUACAAAAAACAGCGGGGAGCCAACUACAAAUUUCAGUGAAGAGCCAACUACAAAUACCAGUGAGAAACCAACUACAAAUACCACUGAGGUUCCAGCUAAAAAAACUAGCGGGGAGCCAACUGCAGCUACCAGUGAGGAUCCAGCUAAAAGAAAUAGUAUGGAGCCAAAUACAAAUAACAGAGAGGCAUUUACUGCAGAUACCAGUGAGGAGCCAACUACACAUACCCGUAAGGACUCUACUACAAAUUUAAGUGAUGAGUCAACUACAAAAACCAGUGAGGAGUCAAGUACAAAUACUAGUGAUGAGUUAUCUACAAACACCAGAGUGGCACCAACUACAAAUACUAGUGGGGAUUCAACCACUAAAAACGGUGAUGAUCCAACUACAAAUACCAGUAAGAAAUCAAGUACUAAUACCAAUCAGAAAUCAAGUACUAAUACCAGAGUGAAGUCAACUACGAAUACCAGUGAGAACCUAACUCCAAAUACCAGUCAAGAGCCAACAACAAAUACCAUUGAGGAGCCAACGGCAAAUUUCAGUGAAGAGCCAACUACAAAUACCUUUGAGGUUCCAGCUAAAAAAACUAGCAGGGAGCCAACUGCAACUACCAGUGAGGAUCCAGCUAAAAGAAAUAGUGGGGAGCCAAAAACAAAUAUCAGUAAAAAGCCAACUACAAACAACAGAGAGACAUUUACUGCAGAUACCAGUGAGGAGCCAACUACACGUACCCGUAAGGGCUCUACUACAAAUUUAAGAAAUGAGUCAACUACAAAAACCAGUAAGGACCCAACUACAAAUACCAGUGAGGAGUCAAGUACAAAUACUAGUGAUGAGUUAACUACAAACACCAGAGUGGCACCAACUACAACUACUGGUGGGGAUUCAACCACAAAAAACAGUGAUGAUCCAACUACAAAUACCAGAGAUAUGUUAACUACAAAUACCAGUGAGAAAUCAAGUACUAAUACCAAUCAGAAAUUAAGUACUAAUACCAAUCAGAAAUCAAGUACUAAUACCAAUCAGAAAUCAAGUACUAAUACCAAUCAGAAAUCAAGUCCAAAUACCAGGGAGAAGUCAACAACAAAUACCAUUGAGGAGCCAAUGGCAAAUUUAAGUGAAGAGCCAACUACAAGUACUGGUAAUGAGCAAACUACAAAAAGCCGUAAGGAGCCAACAACAAGUAUCAGCAAGAAGCCAACUACAAAUAGCAGAGAGAAGUUUACUACAAAUACCAAUGAGGAGCCAACUACACAUACAAUUGAGAAGUCAACCACGAAACACAAUAAUUCUCAGCCUGAAUGCUGUGGAAGCAAUUUUAUCAGUGAAAUGAGUAAUUCAGGCGGGAAAGACAUUUACAAGUAAGAUUUUAUUUGUCGUUAAAAAUUUGGGACUCAAAGUUAAAGUUCUUACAAUUUCUUGUUCUGUGUUUCAUUUAGUGUCACAAAGAACAUAGAAAACCUUCUGGAGAACACAAUAGUGAAC